GGCCACAGGCCACAGCUAGCCACAAAAAAACAAGCAAGCGACGUGACUGCGGGACACCUCCAACUCCAGCAGUCCGCCCCACAGCCACCGGAAACGCGAAACAGCCCACGCGGCCGCGCCCUGCGCCACCACCCACCCGCCGUUCCCGACGCCGCCUCUCCACCAUUGGCCGCCACCGCCGCCCCUCGCCGUCGCUGCGCUCUCGCGUGGAAGCAUAGCAGCGAGCGGAGCGCACGCGGGAACACCCCCACCCGACGGAGCACAUGUCCCCCUCGCCGCUGCUCGUCCGGCCGCCGGCGCCGUCGAAGCAGUCGCUUUUGCUUCCCCGGUUCGCGCUCGCCGUUGCUGCAGCGACGGCGGUCCGCUCGGCUCCCGCCUCCACCGCUCCAUUCCCCAGGCUGCGUACCAAGUGCAGGUUCGCCGCGUCGGAUGUGAGAGAAGACUACACUUCCACUCCGAUUGACAUCGUCGCUGAUGUGAAAACCGAGAAGAUUGUGGUGUUGGGAGGAAGUGGAUUCGUUGGUUCUGCUAUUUGCCGAGCAGCUGUCUCUAAAGGCAUCGAGGUUGUGAGCUUGAGUAGGUCGGGAAGACCAUCUUACUCUGAUCCGUGGGUUGAUCAAGUCACAUGGCUUGCAGGUGAUGUUUUCUAUGCAAGAUGGGAUGAAGUAUUGGUUGGGGCUACUGCUGUUGUGUCUACCCUUGGGGGAUUUGGCAAUGAAGAACAGAUGAAAAGGAUAAAUGGUGAGGCAAAUGUCAUUGCAGUAGAUGCUGCAAAAGAAUAUGGAGUCCCAAAGUUCAUUUUAAUCUCUGUUCACGAUUACAAUCUUCCAUCCUUUCUUCUUACCUCGGGUUAUUUCACUGGAAAGCGAAAGGCUGAAUCGGAAGUCCUCUCCAAAUACCCAGCCUCAGGUGUUGUAUUGAGGCCAGGCUUCAUUUACGGCAAAAGGAAAGUUAAUGGUUUUGAGAUACCGAUCGACAUCGUAGGCCAACCAGUAGAGAAGUUACUUUCCUCUGUUGAAAAUUUCACUAAACCAUUGAGCUCGUUGCCUGCUUCCGACCUAAUCCUUGCACCCCCUGUGAGCGUCGAUGAUGUUGCCUAUGCUGUAAUUAACGCGGUCAUAGAUGACAGCUUCUUUGGGAUGUUCACAAUUGAGCAAAUCAAGGAAGCCGCAGCGAAAGUAAGAGAGUGAACCUGGAGCCUUGUUUCCUUGUAUCUGGAAAGGUAUUAUAGGUGGAAAUAUUCUAAUUCAGGAGUAUCUUUCAAAUGA